CACUAUUUGCGGGAAGUUUGCUGCUCAAGUCCAGAUCGUCUGCACUAUAUUCUACGUCCUUCUGGGGACACAUCGGCUUUCAGAUGCCUCCUAAAGCUAAGACUGCGACGAAGAGCAAAGCUCCGGUUAAAAGGAAGCUCGCGGAAGAAUUCCCUAUUGGGGAAGUGCUCACUGAUAUGGCGAAGAAGCAGUGGAAGCUCGGUGCUCCAGUUGGUCAGGGUGGAUUUGGCCUCUUAUAUCUAGCUGACCAAAAUUCUGAGAAGCCUGUCAAGUCUGAUGCUCCGUAUGUGAUCAAAGUGGAGCCCAGUGAAAACGGACCUCUUUUUUCGGAACUCAAAUUUUACAUGAGAGUCGCUAAGCCUGAUCAGAUUCAGACCUGGACAAAGUCUCGGAAACUUAAGAAUCUAGGAGUCCCACGGUACUGGGGCUCAGGUCUACAUGAGAAAGGAGGGAUGCGGUACAGAUUUAUGGUGAUUGACCGACUUGGCAUUGACCUCCAGAAGAAGUUUGAAGCGUGCGGGAAGAUUUUUCCCAGAAAACUGGUCCUGCAGCUUGGCUUGCGUCUGCUGGACAUUCUGGAGUACAUCCAUGAACAUGAGUACGUCCAUGCCGACAUUAAAGCGUCAAACCUUAUGCUGCACUAUAAAGACCCAAAUCAGGUGUAUUUAGCUGACUAUGGGCUUGCAUACAGAUAUGCUCCUGGAGGAGUGCUGAAAGACUAUAAGGAGGAUCCUAAGAGAUGUCACGAUGGUACUAUUGAGUACACAAGCAUCAACGCCCACAAUGGAGCAGCCUCAUGCAGGCGCUGUGACAUGGAGAUCCUGGGCUACUGCAUGGUCCAGUGGCUAUGUGGCCGUCUACCAUGGGAGGAUAACUUACAGGACCCUCUCCAUGUUCGAGACUCCAAAAAAAGGUUCCUGGAAGACAUCCCCAGCUUUAUGAGUCAGUGUUUUUCCUCUGAAAACAAGCCAGGUGAGAUUCAGAAGUUUUUGGAGGAGGUGAAAGCUCUGGGCUAUCAGGACAAGCCACCAUAUGGCCGCUUGCGUGCAAUCCUGCAACAAGGACUCACUAAAAUUCAUGCUAAAGAUGAUGACAAGCUGGACUUCACGGUUGAUGCAUCAGCAUCCACAUCUUCAAAGAAAGGUACAAAAAGGAAGAAGCCAAUCACGGUGGAAGAUGAAGGGAGUGACGAGAGGGAUGGAACUCCAGUCAGAAAAAAGAAAGUCACAAACAAAAGAAAGGAUGGUGCGAAAAAAACUAAGAAGCUGUAACAUCUGGAGAAGGUGGCAAACGGGCAACAACACCCCAAGCCAAGAAAGAAGUUGGUUGACCUUCCCAUGUAACAACAUUGCAUUUACAUGUAUACCUUGUCAUGACUGUUCAACAUGUUUGUCUGGGUGUGUGUGGGGGUGUGUUUUGUUCUUCUUUUGGAAAUGAAAAAUGUACACAAAACUGGCGAUUCCAUUGUGACAAUUCAUUCAUGAACUCAUGGCAGGAGGUAUUUCAAAAGUCGUGAAAUUUAUUCUAAAGAUAGCAAAAAUGGAUUUUUUAAUAACAUCAAAUACUAAUUAAAGAAUAAUUAAAACCAGACAAGACAAAGCAGGUAAUAUCCAAAUCUUUUCAGUAGCACAGUGUUCAAGCUUUGCCAUUCAACUGGUUGUUUAAAUUGCAAAUGGGGAUUAUCAAUGUAAAGAAUGAAUCUGUAAGCAUUGAAAUAGCAUGGAGAGCUCCAAGUAGACACGUCACUGAUGCAUGAACUUCAAUUUGAGAAUUUUGAGAUUCUGAGAUUAUAAAAUGGAUAUUUUCAGACCACAUGUUGGCAUCAAUUUGCAUUCCAGUGUGACAGACUUUGUUCCUAAAUUAAGCUGUAUCGAUUAGCGUUAUAGUCACUUUUCACACAGACACGUUGCUUCCAUCAUUUCCUGUUUCUUCACAAUUUUACUGUGUUUUAAAUGUACUUGAAGGUUUUUAGUUUGGAAUUUUACUUAUUAGAGAAAGUUUUGCUAUAACAGCAAUAGUUAAAAUAAGGGACGUCCCGAUGCCACUUUUUUACCGACAAAAAAGAUGAGAAUUGACAUUUGAGCACUUGUCGAUGCUGUACUGAUUCAUCCUUCAUCCUUCACCUGCCUUCAAGUAAUUCAUAAUACCAUAAAAGUCAUUUUAAAUAAAGAAUGAAUUAAUGUAGUCAGGAACAGAUUGUGACAUCUCAGUGGCUUGCAUCGUGUCGUCUGAUGGAUCCAACCAUUGGCACAUAUUUUGGGAUGCUGGAACAGUUCUGGUCAGAGAUACAUAGAUUAAUGGAAGACAUACUACAAACACAAAUUGUGAACAUUUUUUGCAGUGUCAUAUUAUCUGGUAUGGAAUAAUGAACAUUGCAAAAAAAAAAAAAAAAAACUGUAUUAUUAUUAUAUUGGAGAGAUUGGGUUAAGGACACACAGCCGGGCCUUAAUAUUGUUGAAUUGAAUCAAGAGCUGUCCUCGUACCAGAUACACGCCGUCACAUAUAAACUUGUCCAUUUUAGGAGUCAUAGGCAGUUCUUUUACUGGAAAUAUUGCAUGCACCUUUUCUCUGAAUUGUAAUUUAGCUGGGUCAAUGUGACCCAAUAAAACACUUCUCUGGCAGGACAGA